UCGGACGGUGUAGAUGGAGACCAGCAAAACAAACAGGAGGGGGUGGAAGGAGAGGCCACGGACCGUAACGUGGGGAACGAAGAUUUGGUGGAGGACGAGACGUUGACGCUCGUGGAACAGGAGGAACGAGAGCGGCUUCUUAAUGAGGGGUUCGCCAGUUGGAGUUUUCAAGAGUACCGCCGACUUGUUGCGGCACUCACCAGUGGUGCGUAUGAUGUCACUGAUUACCCAAGAAUUGCGAAUGCCGUUGGCUCUGAUAAGACAGUGGGGGAGGUACGUGAUUAUAUGACGGCUCUCCUUGAGCGUGGAAUGCAGUGUAUUACAGGAUUCGCACAUAUUGAACAACGUAUCAGGAAGUCCCAGGAAAAGCGGAAGAGGAGGGAUGACGAACUGCGCGCCGCCACGUGGAAGGUUGAGAGUUAUGACCAUCCGGAGUCACAACUCACCUUCAGAGGACGCGGAACUCAUGAAUUUGAUCGUCGACUUUUCCUCAUGGCAUACGACACGGGAUUCCGAAUGAGGAAUAUUGGAAGAGUCGUCAAGGAAAUGCCAGAGUACCGGUUUGACGUGUGGUGCCAAUCAAGAAGCGACGAUUACUUUGAACGUCGGGUGGGGAUUCUGAUGAAGGCGGUGAAGAGAGAGUGUGAGAAACCAAACGGCAAUACAAUGGAACCGGCACUGCGGCGCCCGAAACUGGAUUCGCUUACGACCGAUUGA